CUUUGCUGUUGUCAGUGUAGCAGCUUCAAGGAAGUAAUCUGUAACCGUGCGAGCUAGAAAGUGGAAAAUGUUGUUAGCUACACCUCCUGUAAUAAGGUGGGGGUGAAUUGGUUUCUACUCGGAACAGAGUGCAGUCACUUAUAAAGAUCAUGCAGAUGGAAAUCAUAUACCAUUUCAGAAGAACAUCAAUUAACUGACACACGUGCAUUGGACUAUAAAGUUGGAGAACAUCUGAAGUCCACCUGUAUAACCAUUAGCUUCCUGGACAUGCAGUCCAACCUGAAUUACUUUUAUCCUCCUGUAUUUUGGGUAGAAGGGAGUCACAAUUCCACUGUACCUCCUCCUGUUCCCCCGCGUGUCUGCACCACAGCAUGGCCAGCACCUGCUGGUGUACCGAAGAAAAAACGAAAAGUCUGCAGCUCGUGGCUCGCCACACUUAUCUUCUUUCUUCUUCUGCUGGCCUUGGUUGGAGUUGCGCUGGGAUGUUAUUACAUUCUGGAAAUACAGAAAGAACUGAACCAACUGAAGGAGUUUACAUCGAUGGGGAAAUCCUCACCUGCAUUUGAGAAACUUAUUGGACUUCGGAAUAUCACAGUUGAAAAAAAGGAAACUCAGAGAAUUGCACACUUAACAGGAAAAAUAUGUCCAUCAAACCCACUGCUUUGGGAACAUUUUUAUGGUGAUGCCUUCACUUUUGGGAUUGAAUACAGAAAUGGAGGCCUGCUGAUUAAUGAGACAGCAUAUUAUUUUGUUUAUUCCAAAGUGUUCUUCCGUGCACAGUCCUGUUCAGACACAUCACCACCACUAGUUCACACAGUCUUCAGGAGGACCCCACGUUACCCCAAAGACCUCAGUAUGAUGGAGUCAUCCUAUUUAAGGUACUGUAUCCCCAGCCAAAGACCAUGGUACAGAAAUAGCUAUCUUGGAGCAGUAUUCAGACUGACUGCUUUGGACAUGAUAUAUGUCAAUGUAUCUAAUGUUCAAAUGGUGAACUUUGAUGAGAAAAACACAUUCUUUGGUUUGUACAAACUUUAGAGCAAAUUAUUUAGCUGUAUCCAUUAAUAUAUGCAGAACGCUAACAGAAGCCAGGAGUCAUGGAAUGUUGGAAUAUUGUAUGGCACAGAGCAGGGCACAUAUGGAAAGGAUGCUGUCAGUUAUAUAAAGGUUCCUGGCCGGAUAUCAAACAGCAUCUUGUGGUGCUAAAUCUCCCAUAUACAUGAAAACUGAUAACAUCAUGUUUGGGGGAAUUUUUGAGAGCUAACUCCAGCUGGCUUCUGGAUAUUAGUCUGCCAUCAUUAAGGUGUUCUUAAAACUGCCUCAUAUUACCACUUCAGGAUAACAUCAUGCUGUGUGAAGCGAUUCUUUCAUGGCAGUACAUUAAAAGUGAAUCAUGCUGUGCAAUCCUCUGUGUGACAUACUUGACUAUUUUGUGAUGUUAAUGUUAGCUUCAUAUGGGAGGUCAGGGAUGUGCAGUGAUCAUCACCAGGGUAGUAUAACAGUACUGCCUCAGGGCAGCAGGGUGCAGCUAUGAACAUAUGAAAAGGGGUGUGUCUGUGCUGACCAAGGAUGGAGCAGCCUUUAGAACUGAAUGUAUGUCCUCAGGGACAGCGUUGUCUGGUAACAUUGUAACAAUGCGGCUGUUAUACAGCCUUUCUCAGCGAUAUGUCUCCGUGCAUUAAUGAUGCUUUUGCACUUUUAUAUAUUUUAUUUUAUC